AUGUCUCUGCCUCCACCUUGGAAAGCACCGGGGAGGAAGGCGAGGAGGAGAACAGGAGGCGACCGCACAAAUACAAUGGUCUCUGAAACUGGCAACGACAAUCUGAAGGCCGACUAUCUCCAGUACGAAGCGAGCUACUCCCCCGACUCAUCCUCUCCGGAAGCCGGCCAGCUGAGCAGGAGGCGGGACACCCAGACCACCAGCGGCAGCAUCAACCCGGAGGAGCGCGGCAGCAUCCAGCCCCUGGUCUCCUCCUCAUCUGCUGUGGCCGCCUCCUGCAUCAUGACAUCGGGGGAGUUCAUGCAGAGCGGCCCGCUGCUGGCGCACCGGUCCAAGAGGAGCCUGCUGUACAAGGCGCUUUGCUUCCUGCUGCUCGUCUUCCAGGGCGGCGUGCUGGACUUCUACCUCAUCAUCUUCACCGACCUGUACUGGUGCUCGUGGAUCGCCACGGACCUGGUGGUGAUCUCGGGCUGGGGCAUCUUCUUCAUGAAGAACGCGCGGAGCAAGCGGGAGCGCGCCUGCGGCUUCCACCAGAAGGGCUCCAUCUUCGGCUGCAACCUGGGCGAGUUCACCUACGCCUACCUGGCCUGGCUCAUCUACGUCAUCGCGUGCACGCCCAAGGUGGUGCUCAUCCUUGAGACCUCCAUCCUGGACCUGGUGGCCCUCAAGGUGCCGUGCGGGGCCACCGGGUUCAAGAUCGUGGUGCUGCUCUCCGCGCCGCUGCUCUUCUGCCUCAUCAACUCCAUCAUCGAGGACCUGAACGGGGCCACGCGGCACCACGCCCACAGCUGCUUCAUGGGCACCUGCCUGGACCUGCUGGACAGCUUCACGCUGCUGGAGCUGCUGCUGCGGAGGGAGAUCCCCACCGCCUACCUCCAGUACACCGUCAUUUCCGUGUACUUCGUGGCCCUGGCCGUGCCGGUGGUGUGGCUCUACGCGCUCACCGCGUCCGAGCUGCGCUGCCGCUGGCUGUGGGCGCGCUUCGCCACGGCCCUGCUGGUCAACGCCCCCCUGCUGGUGGUGCGCUGCUUCCAGGUGUACGUGUACGAGAUGCCCGUGUCGGUGUUCAUGUUCAAGAACAUCUUCUUCCUGGCGUGCGCGCUCCUGGAGCUGGUGGAGCAGUGCGCGGCGGUGCGCGGGGUCCGGCGGCUGGCGGGCGGCAGCGGCACGGCCCAGUUCUCCCACUGCGUGUCCGAGAACGACAUGUGUCCGCACGGAUACGUCAACACCCUGGCUGUCACCCAGUCUUAG